CUAUUGUUUGGAUUUGGUUCAGUGUUUAUUUCUUUUCGGUAAAUUGAAAUAGUUUGAUGUUCAAAUUACAAAAGAAGUUGUAAAUAAAAAUGAGAACUAGUUAUAGGCAAUAUCUAUUGAUGGUAGAUUUUAUGGAAAAAAAUGGAGACUUAUCUAAACCAGGCGGUGGUGUUGGUGGUCGGCACUUCAUAGACAUUAAAUGGAAACAACUCACAAAACUGUUGAAUAAUGAAGACUCAGGGAACUCACGAUCCGAACCAAAGUGGCGUAAGGUAUGGAGUGACCUCAAAAACAAUACCAAAAAGAAAGUGGCCAAACUCAAUAAAACUGCUAGUGGCACUUGUUUUGUGCCAGACCUGCAACUAUCUUUGACUGAGGUAGAAAAUAAAGUCAUGCAGAUAAUUGGAGACCAGAGAGCAACUAGUACGGCAAUUGAGGAGAAUGGCUACCAACAGGUUGAAGAAAGUCUUGUUACAACAGAGAAUGCUAUGUGCACCAAUGGUUUACAGCUGAAAACAAAAAUAGAAGAACAGUGGUCAGGUACUAGUAACGAAUUUACUGAAGUCCCUCUUCAUCCGUCACAUACAUCAUUCUGCACAAAAGAGCCUGCAGCGCCGGCUUCAACCUCUGCAUCUGGCAACUCCACUGAACAAGAAGAAGAAAAUUGGCAACAACCACCACAUAAAAAGAAGAAGGUUGACCGCCUUGCUAAACUGUUUGUGAAUGCUGAUAGGGUUUCAAGGGAGUAUGCAAGAGAGCGAGAUAUAGUUUAUGAAAAAUUGGAGUCGGAAAGACUGCGAUUGCGUGAAUAUGAAUUGCGUGAGCGGGUAAGACAGAGAGAUCUAGAGCUUCAGUUGCAAGCUAAGUGGUUAGAAUUCAUGAAAGAAGGUAUGAGUGCUAUUCUCAAGUUCAUGGAAAGCAAAAAGUCGUAGUUUUUUCAUAUUAU